AUGUUGGCGUCUUUUGAUGGCGGCGAUAAGACCGGGAGUUGGCGAUUGGCGGCCGCUGACCCCAAGCUGGAGGCGGAGGAGGAGGAGGAGGAGGAGGAGGAGGAGGCGGAGGAGGAGGCGGAGGCAGACGCGGAGGCGGAGGCGAUGCAUCAUGUGCAGCUAAGUCCCUUCCUGCCCCCUUACUCGCUCUCCUUACUCACCCCUCGGUCAAAGCGGAGGGAGGGCAGUGGGAUGACGCACGGCGUGCAUCCUGCAUGCCCUGCUGACCUCGCCACUCCCUCACGUGCCAAACGAGCUCGACUGGCGCUGCAUUCUCCAGUGCCUCCUCCACUCUACACGCCAUACGAGCUGCUGCUGGGAGUGCCGCCGAUGGGAGUCCUCUGCUGCUGGGGGGAUCACGAUGGGAGGAGCAGCGCCUUGCACCCGCCUUCUCCACUCUCCCGUUGUCCUCCUCUCCUCGCCACUCGUUCCUCUACUCCAGCUGCAGCAGCCCUCCCAAGGGGACCUCCCCAGGUGACAGACAGACAGCAGCCGGUAAUAGGCAAUCGAAGUGAGCAAAGGCAGGAGAGCGAUCGGAGGCUGUGGUGCUUCAGUGGUGGUAACAGAAAGGAGGCAAGCAUGGGAGCAACUCUCAAUGGAAUACAAGCAUUUGUGAGCCGUCUCGUUGUGCCAAGGAGCAGAGGCAACGCAAGAGAAGAGAGGCAGCCGGGACUUCAGGUCAAGGCAAUUCACCUGCGAUCAACAGCAGCGACAGCAGUAGUGGAGAUGACUCCUCAGGAGGCCAGGGAGGGACUACAGGCUCGAGAGGGAUGA